AUGCAAUGGAUUUAUAGCUCCCGUUUAGGUGUUCGAUGAAAUGUCUCAAUCAGUGAAUCGGGCCUGUUUUUUUUUUUUUUCCUUCCUCGAAUUAGUUACUCAGUUUUCCCCUGUAAUGGUUGCUUGCAACUGUUGUGUUCUUGUGAAUGAUUUGGGAUACAAAUAGAAGGUUGCCCUUCCAUCAUCAAUCAAGCUUCCCUGCUGGACUCAUGAUAUGUUUCUUUCAUUUCGUGUCCAUUUUUAUUGUGGGAAUCAUGCGAUUACCUGAAAUUAGUGAUUACCUUUUUCAUAGUCUCAUGUGAUUUGGAAGAUUAGGUUCCCACUUAGCUGGGCUAACCUUUUGUUUUGUCGUGUUGUAGUUGAUAUAGAUUUAUACUUGAAGCCUGAAGGAUCCCCCUUUGAUUGACAAUGAUGGAUAUUGCCGAAGUUGAAGAGAGUCUUUUUGCAGCCACUGAUGCCAAGUUGCAUGGAGAAAUGUGCAAAGCUUUAUCUGCAAUCUAUUGCAAGAUCUUGUCUGUUUUCCCGUCCUUAGAAGCAGCACGACCUCGGAGCAAGUCGGGCAUACAAGCACUAUGUUCACUCCACAUAGCACUCGAGAAAGCGAAAAACGUUCUUCAGCACUGCUCAGAAUGCAGCAAACUUUACUUGGCCAUCACCGGAGACUCCGUCCUCCUAAAAUUCGAAAAGGCGAGAGCCGCCCUUGUGGAUGGUUUGAAGCGAGUCGAAGAUAUCGUUCCACAGUCUAUUGGUUGUCAAAUUUUGGAUAUUAUAAAUGAACUCGAGUCGAUCACAUUUUCACUCGAUCCAUCAGAGAAACAAAUCGGCGAUGAGAUCAUUGCGUUGCUUCAACAAGGCCGUAAGUUUGACAAUUGCAACGACAGCAAUGAGCUCGAAUCCUUUCAUCAGGCUGCUACAAGGCUAGGUAUAACCUCUUCUCGGGCAGCUCUCACUGAACGAAGGUGUCUCAAGAAACUCAUAGACAGAGCUCGUGUGGAGGAAGACAAGCGAAAGGAGUCCAUUGUAGCUUAUCUAUUACACCUCAUGAGGAAAUACUCGAAGCUAUUCCGAACUGACCUUACAGCAGAUGACAACGACUCGCAGGGGUCAACACCUUGUUCCCCGACUAUCUUAAACUCGUUUGACGAUAACAAUAACCAGGCAUUUGAUCGUCAUCUGUCAAAGCUCAGCUCUUUCAACUUCAAGAUCCCAAAUUUUAGAAAGUCCGAGCAAUUGGCAGUCCCACCAGAGGAGCUGAGGUGUCCGAUAUCGCUCCAGCUCAUGUAUGAUCCAGUCAUCAUUGCUUCGGGGCAAACUUAUGAAAGGAUAUGUAUCGAGAAAUGGUUCAGUGAUGGACAUGACACGUGCCCCAAGACUCAACAGAAGCUGCCUCAUUUGUCGUUGACUCCAAACUACUGCGUCAAAGGUCUUGUUGCUAGUUGGUGCGAACAGAAUGGAGUUCUUGUCCCCGAGGGUCCACCAGAGUCCUUGGACUUGAACUACUGGCGGCUGGCAUUGUCUCAAUCUGAGUCAAACUCGAGGUCAACCGAUAAUCUUAAACCUGAUUUCGUCAAGAGUGUGAAAGUUGUUCCUUUGGAGGAGGCUGAUGAGAGUGAAAUGGAGAGUUUAUCUCCAGUGGAUGAAGAUAUCCAUGAGGAAGAAGAUGACAAUGAGGUUGAUGCGUUGAAGCGAUGUCAGGAUUUUCUUAGUGUGUUGAAUGAUGAGCGUGAGAACUUGAAGAAGAAGUGCACGGUAGUGGAAGAAGUGAGAUUGUUGUUGAAGGAUGAUGAGGAGGCAAGGAUUUACAUGGGAGCGAAUGGAUUUGUGGAAGCGCUUCUGCAGUUUCUGCAGUUGGCUGUUCGAGCUAGGAAUGGUUCGGCUCAGGAUAGUGGUGCCAUGGCUCUGUUCAACCUUGCAGUCAACAACAACAGGAACAAAGAAAUGAUGCUAGCCGCUGGUAUCCUCCCUCUCCUCGAUGAGAUGAUAUCAACCUCAGACUCCCACGGGUCAGCAACCGCCCUCUACCUCAACCUGUCCUGCCUCGAAGAUGCCAAAUCUGUCAUCGGAUCCAGCCUUGCCGUACCCUUCCUAAUCCAGAUCCUGCAAGGUCAAUAUCCAACACAGUGCAAGCUCGACGCUCUGCACGCCCUCUUCAACCUUUCGUCCAACCCUUCCAACAUCUCAAACCUCCUUUCUGCUGGAAUAGUGAACGGCCUCCAAUCCCUCCUCUCUUCCCCCGGCGAUUAUCACUCGUGGACUGAGAAGGCCAUAGCAGUGAUGGUCAACUUAUGCUCGAGUCAAUCAGGCAAAGCAGAGAUUGCAGCUUCUUCUGGCCUGAUAACCGCAAUAGCAUCAUUACUUGACACCGGAGAAACAGUCGAGCAGGAACAAUCCGUUGCGUGUCUCUACAUGCUCUGCAAUGGGAAUGAACUAUGCAGUCAAAUGGUCUUACAAGAAGGGGUCAUUCCUGCACUGGUCUCCAUCUCUGUAAAUGGUACUACAAGAGGCAAAGAGAAGGCCCAACGACUUCUGAUGCUCUUCCGCGAGCAGCGCCAGAGAGAACAGCAGCAGCAGCAACAGCAACAACAGCCUUCACCAUCUCUUGCUCCAUCUGCUGAAAAAACUGCUGCAAUAGCGCAAGCUGAGAGCAGCAGUACUUCUAAACCGGGACCAACUCCGGAAAAGAAGCCGCUAUGUAAAGCUGCAUCCAGAAGAAAGAUGAGUAGAGCCUUUAGUUUCUUCUGGAAGAGCAAGAGCUACUCGCUUUACCAAUUCUGAUAAGAAGAGUUGGGUUGGCGAUUGUACAUUCACUUCUCCAUAAUGUAUCUUCUUAACACCCCCUCCUCCUUUUGUUUGUUUGGACAGACUUUUCUUCUUCAUCCGUUUUCUCAUUUCUGGUUUUACAAAUAGAGGAAAGAAGAGAUGUAGAGGCCGCCCCCGUGUAAGUAUGGCAUUUUGGUUAUCCAUCUUUGCUUUCACUCUUCUUGAUAGGGAAAUACAUGUAACAUUAUGAUGUAUGUUUUCUUGUCUUCCCAUGUUAGUUUAACACAAGUCAAUACAAAACAAGUUUUAGUACUAGUGCAUU